AUGGCGCUUUUUGCAACUUUGUCUGGCUGGGCCACUUUUGGUGUCCUUGUUAGAGCCUACCAAAACGGUAUAAGAAAGGUCGAUAUGUUGUACGCCCCUAUGGGCUACGCUUACUCCGCCGGCUUCUGGGUUGCCCUUGGAUACGGAUUCACGAAGUGGACUGAGAAGAACGAGCUGUUGUUGGACAAACGUCUGGAAAAGCUGAAUGAGGCCCGUGCGACGGCUUCUGAAUAG